GAUCCAACUAGGGCAGCCAAGCAGAGGAUGAACCCCAAAGUGAUGCAUGCCGGCUGGGUCUUGAUGCUGCUGCUUUUUGCUCACCAACAAGGAAGAGCCAAGCCAGUGACCAAUGUCCAGACCCUGUCUAAGUGGUUAGAGGAGGACCUCGAACAGCCAGCAGGGUCCGAGGAAACAGAGCAGGACCAAGAUGAGACCCUCCUAACCGGAGGAGCAUUGGAACAACAGGACGCUCUGCUGCCAUGGGCCAGGAGACCCCAGGAAGGGGUGCCCCUCUCAGAAAGCAAUUUCCAGAGGCUCUUCAAUGACCUCCUGGGCUCCUCCCGGAGGUAUCGAGGAAGGAGCAAAAAGGGCCUUUCGAGAGGAUGCUUUGGGGUCAAGCUGGACCGGAUCGGGGCUCUGAGCGGGCUGGGGUGCUGAAAGGCAGCCCGGCAGGACCCAUCGCCGGCGGGACCCAUCGCCUCCCAGAGAGACAACCAACAUCCUCAUUCAUCGCCAAGGCAUCCCCGCCUUCCAGUCCCCCAGAGACGCCUCUUCAACCAAGCCAAAACCUUCACACCUCCUGCCUCUGCCCACCUCCCUAGUGUGAUUCGAUCUGUCCUGGCUCAUUCCCCCCCCCACUUGUCUUGAAGCUGCUUUCUUCCCCCACAUACAAGUCAUGUUUAAACUGCUACCUUCCUUAUCAGAAGCGGUGGUGAUAACUUUCUUCUUUAAGAG